AUGGCCAAAACAUCAAACAAACGUGUCAACAACAAGAGCAAAAGUACAACAAAAAAGAAACAAGCAACCAAAAACAAGAAGCAAACAACCAACGUUCGUGAUCUACAAUGGCUUGCGUAUGAUGGUAGUAAUUCUUCAUCAUAUAGAGAUGUUUAUCAAAUCAUGCCUCAAGCAAAUCCAGUUGGAAGAGAGCGUAUUAGGAUGGCUGCUUGUUUGGCAAUGUUUGCUCAUUCUGCUGCUUUCUUUCUUGGUCAUUCUUUAGAUCCCUAUUACACCAAGAGAUACCAACGAGGAAUCAAACUCGGUUGUUUGAAUCCUGAUUACUUUGUAAGAUAUUUUGGCAACUCUUCAGCAAGAUAUAUCACCAAGCAUCAGGUUUUGAAUUUUGAUAAUCAUACUCGUAGGAUUGAAUGUAUUGGGUUUGCCUUCGAUAAUUUUGAAGAUAUGCCAGGAUUGAAUUGUGGGAAAACUUAUGCUUUAAGAGGAUUUGUUGCUCAAAAUCCAGUUCGCGUCUUCGAUCAUGAUAUCAAUCAAUAUGUGACAAUGCAUUUUGAUUUUCAAUAUCGAAUGUAUUUCACAAAACUCGUCUUCUAUUGUAAUACUGAAUCAUGGAUGGUCACUGUUGAUUUUGAUUGGACAAUUGAAAGAUAUAACGAAAUGAAUGAUACAUGGGAUUCGGUUUAA